UGAAAUUUUCGAAGGUCAAUUUGUUUUGUACAUUUUGAAUUUUUGACUGAAAAUCAAUGAAUAUACGUAAAAAGAGUCGUAGUCGAGCAUUAAAAGCACCAGUGUAAAGUUUACAGCAUGCAGUUCAAAAAAGUGUCUCACGUUUUGUUCGAUUUGGAUGGUCUGUUAUUGGAUUCUGAAAUCAUUUAUACAGAGGCUUUUACCACAGUUUGUGCGAAAUAUGGGAAAGAAUUUACGUGGGAAUUUAAAGCCAGCUUGUUGGGAUUCCAAGGUCCUGAAUGUGCCGAGAAGAUUGUGAAAACCCUUGAUUUACCCAUUACAAAAGAAGAAUUUAUGGGAGAAUGUUGGGAAAUCUAUCGCGAGUUAUUUCCAAAGGCUCAACUAAUGCCAGGAGCUGAGAAAUUAGUAAAACAUCUUCAUAAAGCUGGAGUGCCUAUAGCAUUAGCCACAAGCUCGGGUCAAGAAAGUGUCGAGAUGAAAAUGCAAAAGCAUAAGGAACUGCUGAGCUUAUUUCAUCACCUCACCAUGGGUACCUCCGACCCUGAAGUAAAGAAAGGGAAACCAGACCCUGCCAUAUUCCUUGUGUGUGCCUCACGCUUCCCUGAGAAACCAAAGCCAGAAGAUUGCUUGGUGUUUGAAGAUGCAGUGAAUGGAAUCAAAGCAGCAAAGGCAGCUAACAUGCAGGUGGUUGUGGUUCCAGAUCCUCGAAUAGAUGCUGCAGAAUUGAAAGAUGCUACAUUGGUCCUCAAAUCUUUAGAGGAUUUCAAACCUGAGAUGUUUCAUCUACCUCCCUACCCUUCCUAAGUUUGGUAAUCAAUACAAAAAUGAUUGGUAAAUGUGGUAUUAUAAAAUAGAUGCUUGCAAAUUAAGCAUAAAGCACAUUAAAAAUUUGAAUACACAUACGC